AUGGCCGGAGCUCAACCACCGGUGGAGCAUCCGGCGCCACCUAGAUCCUUUGCCAGUUUUUUCCAGAAGCCAGCCGAUGUUGCUUCUAAUAAGACUUUGCUGAUUAAUCAAGUCAAGUUUAUCAACGGUACUCCAACUUUGGAGUUUGAAGAUGAUGAGUUUGAACAGUUGAUUGCUCCUCACCGAUUGUGUUUGGUUGGGAAGUUUUCCUAUGGCCGACCGAAAAUGGAGGAGAUCCACAAUGAAUUCAAAAAAAUUGAAUUUAAUGGGGGAUAUACUCUAGAAGUCAUAUAUUUGAUGGCUACAGCUCUUGGUCAGCCUUUAAAAGUGGAUACCCCAACAAUGAACAUGACUCGUCCUUCGGUGGCUCGCUUUUGUGUGGAAGUGGAUCUUACCAAGGAAUUACCAAAGUCUGUCAAGAUUUGUAAAAAGGGUUGUAAGCAUGAGCAAUUCUUCACUUUCAAGCACAUUUCAUCUUAUUGCUUGAGGUGUAGUAAAAUUGGGCACAAAGAAGCGGAUUGUCGGGUUGGGAAACAUUUGAAGCCGAAGAAUGGUGAUGAAAAACAUGUGGCAACAGCCGCGAAGAAGAAAGGACUCGAAAUCAAAGCGGCUAAGCCAAAAUGGCUGCUCAAAGUUGGAGAGUCAAAGAAUGAUGCUUUGGAAGUGGAAAUCCUUAAUAUGAACCCUCUUGUGGUUAAAGGAUUUGGGAAAGUUGAUGCUGCGCAAACAGAUGCUGGAAGAAUCGCAGAAUUGCAACUUGAGGGAGAAACCCUAGCUGCGCGUCUUGGAGCGUGCCCUGCGGAAGAAACCCUAACUAUGAAUUCUUUGCUUGCACACCCUGCGGAUCAGUCAUCUCUGGUCAGAGAAGAAACUGUCAAUGUAACUGCUAUGCUCCCAAUCCAAUCUGAGAAGAUUCUUGAUACUUCAAGAUUGGGAAGACGGUGA